AGCGCUCUCUCUCUCUCUCUUGACUCUCGAGAGUCGAUCUCGAUCUCGAUCUCUAUCGUAAUAUCGAAACCCUAAUUAGAAUCCGUCGCUCCGGCGAGCGAUCGACCUUCGCUGCAGCAUGGAAGACUACCCGGAGGAGCUUCGAACUCCCCCGAUCUCCCUCGUCUCUGUGGUCGGAUGCCCGGAACUACACCAGACGAUCUCCUCCUUCCUCCACGCCGAGCAGCCUCCUAUCAACACUCUCGCGCUGCCGGACUUCUCCAAAAUCUCAGUGCUCUCGAGGAAGCAGAAGGAUCCUCUCUCGUCGUCCCACUCGGCGGCGGGGAUCCUCAAACGUGAUUGGCUGUCGAAGCACCGGACCAGGGUACCCGCCGCCGUUGCCGCCUUAUUUCGUGUUGAUUGCGUUACUGGAGAUCCUGCUCAAUGGCUGCAGGUCUGCACCGAUCUUGAGAACCUAAAAGCUGUGCUUCAUGGAAGAGGCAUCAAAUUGAUUGUUAUUCUUGUGCAGACAUAUGCAAAUGAAGAUGUGAACGAAGACCUUAAAAUUACUUUAAGAAAGCGUGCAGAAAUUGAUGCAAAAUACUUGAUGAUGCUUGUACAAGAUGACACACCAGAAUUAAAGCAGUCGCUUACCAGACUUUCAAGUACCUUGGCUGAGCUAUGUAAUACAUAUUAUCGAGAGGAAGGACGGAAGAUAAGAAUACGCAUAGAGAAAAGGUCCUUUAGCUCUGUUGAGUUGAAUAUCCGCUACUGCUUUAAGGUUGCAGUUUUUGCUGAGUUCAGAAGAGAUUGGGCAGAAGCACUAAGGUUUUAUGAAGAAGCCUACCGUGCAUUACGAGAGAUGAUUGCAACCUCUACCAGGUUGCCACCAGUACAACGCCUGGUUGAGAUAAGAGCUGUGGCUGAACAAUUGUUUUUCAAGAUAUCAACUUUGUUACUUCAUGGUGGAAAAGUUGAAGAAGCAAUUGCUUGGUUCAAUAGACAUUUCAACAGUUAUAAACAUCUUGUGGGUUUAGACGAAGUCUCUUUUCUCCAUUGGGAUUGGUUGAGCCGGCAGUUCCUUGUAUUUGCUGAGUUGUUGGAGACAAGCUCUGCUGCUAUACCAAAUACCCUCUCUUCUCACUUUGGCACACCAGAAAGUUCUUUGACUGAAUGGGAAAUUCAACCAGCUUAUUACUAUCAGUUGGCAGCAAAUUAUCUGAGGGAGAAAAGAUAUUGUCUAGAUAACUUGUUGUCCACAGGGGACUCUGAAUUUUCCCGUACUUCUGGAAAGGUGCCAGAAUCUGUAAUGCCUUCAGUAUUUAUAGGUCAAUCUGCCCGUUUAGUUGAGCAAGGAGAUAUGAUUGAAGUUCUUCCUCUUUCAGAUGCUGAAUAUGUACAAUAUGCCCUAUCAGAGGCUCAAAGAUUUCAAGAUUCAUAUGAGAUCAUUGCCCUGUUCAGAAAAGCUUGUGAAUCAUUCACCAACUUAAAAGCUCCAAGAUUAGCUUCUCUAUGCAGUAAUAGAAUGGCUAAAGAAUAUUUUUUUACUGAGGACUUCACUGAUGCAAAAAAGCUUUUUGACACUGUUUCUAGCCUUUAUCGUCAAGAGGGUUGGGUUACUCUGCUUUGGGAAAGCUUGGGAUAUUUGCAAGAAUGCUCUAUCAGACUAGAUUCAGCAAAAGAUUUCAUUGAAUAUUCUCUAGAAAUGGCUUCUUUGCCAAUAUUUGCUAAUGGUGAUCAGGAAAUCCCUGAUAGCAAAAGGGAGUAUGGCCCUGCAGGUCUACCUAGCCAAUCAAGAAGAGAAGCAUUGCAAAGUGAAGUUCUCAGCUUGGUGAGGGGGGAAGAGAUAGUGUCACGAACAGAUAGAGGCUGCAGUAUUGCUGUUACAAAAGAGCAGCCUGUCCGUAUUGAUGUUGAUAUCAUAAGUCCUUUGAGAAUGGUAUUGCUUGUAUCUGUUGCUUUCCAUGAUCAAUCUGUUAAGCCAGGUUCACCUGUAAUGUUCACUUUGUCACUUGUAUCACAACUUCCUUGUUCCAUUGAGGUUGAUGAGUUGGAAAUUGAGUUCAACCAACCAAAAUGCAACUUCAUAAUCAUCAAUGCCGUUGAAGAGAUUUCUGCAGCAAGAUCAAAUGGUGACAAUCAAGAUGUUCGAAUAGAAACUGCUCCAUCAAUUGUAUUGCCCACCAACAAGUGGCUGCGGUUGACAUAUGACGUAAAAUCAGAUCAGAGUGGUAAGCUUGAGUGCUUGUCGGUCACAGCUAGAAUAGGUAAAUCAUUCAAGAUUUGCUGCCAAGCUGAAAGCCCUGCAUCAAUGGAAGAUUUGCCCUUCUGGAAGUUUGAGGGCAUGGUUCAGACUUUCCCGACAAAAGAUCCUGUACUUUCCUUUUCUGGUCAAAAGGUUAUCCAGGUGGAGGAGCCAGAUCCUGAAGUGGAUCUUAUUUUAAAUGCCUCUAGUCCUGCUUUAGUUGGUGAAAGUUUCGUGGUUCCUCUCACGGUUAUACCCAGGGGACAUGAAGUCUAUUCUGGUGAGCUGAAGAUCAACCUUGUGGAUGCAAGAGGAGGUGGGCUUUUGAUGAGUCCAAGAGAGACAGAUCCAUUUUCAUCUGGUAAUCAUCACGUGGAACUUAUCAGCAUCUCAAGGAUGGGUGAUGAUGAUGAAUCUCGAAUCCAUUCUGAUAAAAUUAAGAAAAUUCAGCAAUCUUUUGGAGUGGUAUCUGUACCAGAUUUAAGAGUAGGAGACAAAUGGUCCUGUAAGCUAGAAAUCAAAUGGCACAAACCGAAGUCAGUGAUGCUUUAUGCUUCACUUGGUUACUCUCCAAACUCUGCAGAAGCUGCGAGAGUUAAUGUCCAUCGAAGCCUACAGAUUGAAGGGAAGAUCCCGAUCAGCAUAACUCACACUUUCAUGAUGCCAUUUCGCCGAGAACCGCUUUUGCUCUCUAAAGUCAAAUCAUUGCCUGGUGCCGAUCAAAAUGUCUAUCUUGCACUCAAUGAGACAAGCAUCCUCAUAGUGACUGCUCGAAACUCCAGCGAGGUUCCCUUGCGUGUAAAAUCCAUGAUGAUUCAGUCCAACAGCAACAAGAAUGAAACUCCCUACUCCAUUCAGCAUGUUGGUGGAGUUUCUGCUGAUGACUCCCUUCUUGUUCCUGGCGGAGAAUUCAAAGGAGUCUUUUCUGUCAGACCAAAGAUCGACUCUCCAAACCUUGAGCUCGGUUCAGUUUGCCUGAACUGGAAUAGAGACUUGACACUUAGUGAUUCUGAAGAUUCUGGUGUAGUGACAGAGCAGAAGUUACCCGCCGUUAUUGUCGAACAAUCGCCACUGGUAGUAAGUCUAGAGUUCCCUCCUCAUGCCAUCCUAGGAAUUCCGUUCUUAUUCUACAUAAAGGUGAGCAACCAGACUAACCUACUCCAGGAGAUCAAAUAUUCCCUGGGCGAUACUCAAAGUUUUGUAUUCUGUGGACCUCAUGAUAAUGCUGGCUUCAUCCUCCCGAAAAUGGAGUAUGUGAUGAGUUAUAAACUUGUGCCCUUGUGUUCAGGCUCACAGCAGCUGCCACAGGCGACAAUCACUUCCCUGAGGUACUCAGCUGCAUUGAACCCAUCGGUUACAGCAACAACAAUCUUUGUUUACCCCAGCGAACCAAAUUUUUUUGUCGCUGAUAAUGAAAAGGAAACCAUUCUAGCCAAAUUAAAUUUGUAGUUUCGCCAUGGCUUUGGCUUGGACCAGUGUUUUUUUUUUGUUUUUCGUUCCUUUUGAUAUUCAAGAGCCAAAGCAAUCCCUCUAAGAUGUCAUUUGUUAGUGUGCGUGUUCUGCUUUCCAAUAAGUUAUCAGUCCCUUUUCUUUUGUUUUUCUAUAUAUCCUCUUGUAACCUAAGAAACAAUUUUAACGUUGUGAUUUUAGCCUAUUGAGAUCAAAGUUGCUGAUCA